AUGUCAUGUACCAGUGGUGUAGUCUCUGACACAACUGUUGCACCUGAGACUUCCAUUACAGAAACCACCUCUGGAGCAUCAGACAAACAAGUCACUGGAAGUCAAAGAGGCACUACUGGUGUGACCUUAAGCACAUCUGUUGCACCUGGAAGUUCUAGUACAGGUGUCACCACAGUAUCACCUAAAGGAAAUACAGGCUCAAAGAGUACUAUUUCAGGAGCUACCAAAGAAACAGUAAACCAAGGAACUGGAAGCACACUAGAACCCACGAAGACAGCUUCUGGCACCACACUGGCACCUGGGAGUUCAAAUACAGUUACAACAUCCUCAGGAGUCAGUCAAACCACAGGAAUUGGAAAGAAUACAGGUACUACUAGAGCGGUCCCUGGCAGCAACACCUCACCUGGAAAUUCCAACACAGGAGCUACCACUGGCAUCUCUGAGACCCCAGGCUCUGAAAGUGAAACAGGUACCACUGAAGUGGUCUCUGGCACAACAAUUCCAUCUGAAAGUUCCAACACAGAGGCCACAACUUUAGGACAUGACAAAACCACAGAAGCUAAAGUUAGCAUAGUUACCACCACCGGGAUAACUACUGGUACAACCCUUGCUCCCAGGAGUUCCAACACACGGGCUACCACUUCUACAGAAGUCAUCCCUACCACUGGAGUAAAAUUGGAAACUGGUACAACUUCAGGUUCAACUACAGUUUCUAGGCGCCCAGAAAAUUCCAGUCCUGGAGUUUCUACAGAAGAACCAGGGAAGCAAGUCACAGGAAGUAACACAGGUACCCCCAAGGAAUCAUCUGAAACAACUACUGCUGGAAUUACUACCACAGCAGCCACUGCUUCCACGGGAGUCGAGGAAACUUCAAGCACUGCAGUGCAAACAGGUUCCACUUCAGUUACAGCUGGAGUCACAACAGGCCCACAAGUAUCUCAGCCAGAAACCACUGUAGUAGCAACAGAGAAUCAAGAAGUUGAAAAUAAAACAGGAUGCCCAGGAACACUUCCACCAGCUCCAGUGUGUCAUGGUCCACUGGGAGAAGAGAAAUCUCCUGGAGACACAUGGACUUCUAAUUGCCACAAAUGUACCUGUACUGAUGCAAAGACUGUAGACUGUAAACCUCAGGAGUGCCCUUCUCCACCUGUAUGCAGAACCGGAGAGAAGCUUGUAACGUUUAAUGAUACCUGCUGUGAAAUUGGACACUGUGAACCCCAAACGUGUUUAUUUAACAAUACGGAUUAUGAGAUCGGUACCUCAUUUGAUGACCCCAGCAACCCCUGUGUCUCCUACUCCUGCAACAGUACUGGCUUUGUUGCGGUGGUCCAAGACUGCCCCAAGCAGAGCUGGUGUGCAGAAGAAGACAGAAUCUAUGACUCAAGAAAAUGUUGCUAUACAUGUAAGAAUAAUUGCAGAACUUCUCCUGUGAACGUGACUGUCAAGUACAAUGGUUGCAAGAAAAGAAUCCAGAUGGCAAAAUGUAUGGGUGAAUGCAAAAGGACUCUCAAGUACAAUUAUGAUCUCUUUCAGUUGGAAAAUUCAUGCCUCUGCUGCCGAGAAGACAACUAUGAGUUCAGAGACAUUGCUCUUGACUGUCCUGAUGGAAGCACACUAUCUUACAGAUACAGGCACACCACAACCUGCUCUUGUUUAGAUAUGUGUGAACAGACUAAGACUGCUUCAGCUCACUCAAUGACCAGAUAAUUAUGACAGUUGUAAGAGGCUAUUUAUUUUCUAAGAACUCUCUUGUAUCUUACUCAAAGUAAAUACAAUGAGGAAUUAUCUUUUUCUUAUUGACUGGGUCUAAAGAAUAAAUAUAACUUUGCAAGCAA